AUGACGCGACCGUGGCUGUUGCAAGCCGCGGACGUGGACCGCGGCGAUCCCACGGGAGGCGGUGGUGGUGAUGACGGCGAACCGGCCGCUGACCGCUCUGCUCAUAUAAAUACGAUCGCCGGCCUUCAUAUGGCAUCUACCGUAAUCAUGACCAGCUCGAGCCUCCGCUCUGUUGCGGCCCUCGUUCAACUGCUUGCCUUCUUACCGGCUUCUAAUGCGUGUUUCGCCUCUGGAGUGUGCGGUGGUAUUGGACUCGGACUUGGUGGACCAUGUAUGGGAGGAUUGGGGGGAAUCCCACCGAUUCCUCCACCACCAUGUGCAGGAGGCAUGGGAUGUGGAGUUGGGUACAGUUGUGGCGCCUAUGGUUGUUACCGUAGUCGAGCUCGAGUACAUGGCGCUGGUACCGUACACAAUGGACCGGUGCUUAUGGGAUCCGAACGAUUUUCACGAUUCCGACGGCCCGAAAUGUCCAGGGAUCCUACAACGUGCUAUUCAUGGACUGUUGCGAGCAGCGCGGUUUGCCAGACGCAUGCCCGCCACUGCACGUAUACACACCUUUCAGAAUGCGACUCGUUGAUUCGCAUGUACUUCAAGCAGGACGCCUGCCCUAUCCAUGCUACAGCCGAGAUUCAGUUCUGCGCCGCGCAAGGACGAGAUCAUCGUGCAUGCUGUCAAAGAAACGGGGUCACAACGACCCUGGCCGGAGCUAAGUGCUUGACGUUCUGCGAUCAACGACCAGGCAAUGUCACAAUGCUCGACAUGUCGUAUGUGCCAUGCUACGAACGUUUCGAGAACAUGAAGGCGUGCUUCUGGCACGACACUGUCAACAGGCUCAAGAAAUAA